AUGGCCUCCCGCAGCGCCGGGACCCUCCUGACCCAGAACCGCGCCACCUACGUGCCGCCGGCUCUCAUGCCCGGGUACCGUGGGCAUGUCCCCAACACGGUGUUUUCCUUUGGCGACACCUACGGGAACACCACUCUGAAAUACUUCCAGGAUUUCCGCAAUGCUGCCAUGGAGACCAGCCGCUGCCCCUACAGCAAAGGCGGCCAGUUCCCCACCCUCUUCUCGUCCGACCCUGGCUUAGUGCUGGGGUGCAGGGCGCGGGGCUGGGACAGGUGGCUGCACGCCCCUUCCUAUUCCCGCUUCAACUUGGAUUUCAACCGCUCCGAAGAGCUGAAGGAGUUUUACAAGCUCUCCCAGAGGCACCGCGAGCAUUACCGCGACAAGACCGGGACAGAGCAUGUGGUUCCCUACUUUGUGCUGCCGGUCAAGGAGAAGGACAAGUACCCCCACCCUCUUGAUCUCCCUAUUCAUGGCAUGUCUGCCCUGGAAGGGUCUUUGGAGAACUAAUGAAACGAGGACAUCACAUGACACCAGAGCCUGGAAAGUGAGCACCAGAGACGGGACAGGAUUUUAGUCAGACUCUGCUACCUAAAGAACACUUGGGACAAAGGACUUCUUUCUUGAAAUUAGCUCUCUCAAUGCACCGUUCCUCCGAGCCCCCAAGAGUCCCCUAGCAAAACCGGGGAAGAUCAGACUUGACAUUCCCGGUAUUUCUAAGGCAAAACACAAGCAGGCACAAAAUGCCAAACCUCUUGGGCUUUGUGCAUUCAUGCCCAAGGAGUACAGACAGCUGGUGGCGCUCCUUGGCUGGUUACCUCUGGAGCUACCGAGCAUGUGAUGCAGGGAUAGCCACCUUUGCACUCCCCCAUCUCAUUCUGGGCCGACUCUGUGCUGGAUUGGUCCGCAGACUGAGUUAGAGUAGCAAGAAGGCUGCUUUAAUUUAUGCUGGGUGCCUACAUCCCUGAGUGGUCGGUAGAUUCCAAGGCCAGAAGGAACCAUUGUGAUCAUCUAGUCUGACCUUCUGUAUAACACGGGCCAGAGACCUGCCCCACAGUAACUCCUAGAGCAGAGCUUUCAGAAAAACAGCCAGUCUUGAUUGAAAAUUGUCAGUGAUGGAGAAUCCACCACAACCCUUGGUAAGUUGUUGCAGAGGUUGAUUACCCUCACUGUUAAAAAUGGAUGCCUUAUUUCCAGUCUGAAUUUGUUCUGCUUCAACAUUUAGCCAUUGCAUCGUGUUAGACCUGUCUCUGCUAGAUUGAAGAGCCCAUGAUUAAAUAUUUGUUCCCCAUGUAGAUACUUAUGGAUUGUAAUCAAGUCACCCUGUAACCUUCUCUUUGUUAAACUAAAUCGAUCAAGCUGCUUGAAUGUGUCACUAUAAAGCAGGUUCCUAAUGCUUUAA